UAUACUGUGUAUAUACACAGUAUGUGUCGCUCUUUGUGAUAUUUACAUGAGGUAAUUUGCUGAAUACAUGUAUUUACAUGCGGUAUUGUGCUACCCUUUUGACAUGACGUAGUGUUUUGCUGUAAGUAAAUAUAACAUUCUUUCUCUUUAUUUUUAUUUAUUUAUUUAUUACAAUAAUUCGACGGUAAUACAAAAUAUUCUUGUAGCACUGUGUACCAACUUAUCUGUCGACAUCCGCAAAUUGACCCAAAUUUUCCUGCUUCGUCUCGUGGCGUAAACACCGUGGAGGCGUGGUGUGAAGUACGCAGCCAAUCAGAGCGCGCCUCUCAGAAUCAGCCAAUGAGGACGCGUGUUGUUAUCUCAGCCCCAGACUCUCACGGCCGCCAUGAUUCUUGUUUGCUUUCAGUGAGAAACAGCGGAUACAAAGUGGAGCAGAAACAAAGGAAACGCGCAGUCGGCUUCGUCAAUUGGUAUGGUCUUACAGGGAUGCCCAAGGAAAAAUAUGAUCCGCCGGACCCAAGGCGGAUGUAUACUAUAAUGUCGAGCGAAGAGGCAGCUAGUGGGAAGAAGUCAUACUGGGCCGAACUGGAGAUCAGUGGCAAAGUGAGGAGCCUGAGCACAGCAUUGUGGUCUCUUACCCAUCUGACUGCUUUGCACAUCAGUGACAACUCCCUCUCACGUAUCCCUCCGGACAUUGCCAAACUACACAACUUGGUGUACUUGGACCUCUCAUCCAAUAAGAUCAGGAGCUUGCCUGCCGAGCUAGGCAACAUGGUAUCUCUCAGGGAACUGCUUUUAAAUAACAACCAGUUGCGAGUCCUGCCUUUUGAGCUUGGAAAAUUGUUUCAGUUACAAACCUUGGGUUUAAAAGGAAACCCACUUGCACAAGACAUCAUGAACCUCUACCAGGAACCCGAUGGGACGCGCCGGCUCCUGAACUACCUGCUGGACAAUCUUGCAGGCACCAAGCGCGUCUCCACAGAACAGCCCCCUCCUCGCUCAUGGGUACAUCUUAAGGAGCCUGACAGGACACGACCAGCAGCAUUGUUCUCUGUGAUGUGCUACAACGUACUGUGCGAUAAGUACGCCACACGACAGCUCUAUGGUUACUGCCCUUCCUGGGCUCUCAAUUGGGAGUACAGGAAAAAGUCCAUCAUGCAGGAGAUCCUCAGCUGCAGUGCAGAUAUCAUCAGCCUACAGGAAGUGGAGACAGAGCAGUACUACAACUUUUUCCUGGUGGAGCUCAAAGAGCAUGGAUACGAGGGUUUCUUCAGCCCCAAGUCUCGUGCCAGGACCAUGUCAGAGUCUGACCGCAAACAUGUAGAUGGCUGUGCCAUCUUCUAUAAGACAGAGAAGUUCAGCCUUGUGCAGAAACACACAGUGGAAUUUAACCAGCUGGCCAUGGCUAACUCGGAGGGCUCCGAGGUCAUGUUGAACAGGGUGAUGACCAAGGACAACAUCGGGGUCGCAGUGCUCCUGGAGCUGCGCAAGGAGAUGAUUGAGCAAUCUGGGAAGCAUUUGGCAAGUAUGGAGAAACAGCUGCUGUUGAUGGCUAAUGCUCACAUGCACUGGGACCCGGAGUACUCGGAUGUAAAGCUCGUCCAGACCAUGAUGUUCCUAUCAGAAGUGAAAAACAUUGUGGACAAGGCCACGCGCAGCCUCAAGCUCUCCUCUGUGUCUGGGGAGACCAAUGCCAUCCCUCUUGUCCUGUGCGCUGACCUCAACUCGCUGCCUGACUCGGGUGUGGUGGAGUACCUGAGCACAGGUGGUGUGGACAGCACGCAUAAGGACUUCAAAGACCUGCGCUAUAUUGACUGCCUGACCAACUUUAACUGUAAUGGCAAGAACGGCACAUCCAGCAGCAGGAUCACGCACGGCUUCAAGCUAAAGAGUGCCUACGAGAACGGCCUGAUGCCUUAUACCAACUACACCUUUGACUUCAAGGGCGUGAUCGAUUACAUCUUCUACUCUCAGCCUCUGCUGAACGUGCUGGGUGUGCUCGGCCCGCUGGACCCCCAUUGGCUCCAUGAUAACAAUAUCACUGGUUGCCCGCAUCCCCACAUCCCCUCUGAUCACUUCUCACUGUUUGCACAACUGGAGCUGCUCCUGCCCUUCUCGUCUUUGGUCAACGGUCUCCACGUGCCUGGCUGCAGGUAGUUCUCCAAGCUCACGAGGCAGCCCCCGGCCCCGCCUUGCGCCCGACCCACUGCAGGGAGCGAGAGAGCGAGGGAUGCCAAGAGGCAAAGCUUGUUGUGUACAAAUCUCAGUCCCGUAGGAGGAGUUGGGGUAUGGCUAAACUUUUAUUACCGAUGGAUUUUAACUGACGCAGACAUUUUUCAGUCUUAUCUGUACCACCCCUGUUUCUUUUUGUUGUUUAUUUGGUUCUCUUUUUCUGGGCACAAGUACAAUGUUAACUACUUUUUCCACACUGUAUCCCAAACCCAGAUGGUUCUGAGUAUACCUUGUAUAUUUUACCUGAAGACAAUGAUCGACGCUUUUAUAUAUAAAAUAUGGCAAUACCUUUUCAGACACAAGCAGGGAGUCCAGACCAAGCAAGUUCAUCAGACUUUUCUAUUUUGGUCCACGCUAAUUUCUUUCUGAGGCCAGUUCCGAGUGAGCAGCUAAAUUUAAUAGGAAUCGUUGAUCACACCAGCUUUAGAGCAACGAUCAUUUAGUCCAUUCUACCAUAAACGCCCUUGUUAGGUAAAGGGCUUUUUAAAUGUGUGCAGAGAAUGAGCGCAGGUCACUCUCUCGCUUGUGCAUUCACCAUGGUGCUGAGGCAUCUUCCGGUGCAGGAGCCGAGCGCUGUAUUUAAUUUUGCCAGCCUCAGAGACUCCACAUGCCACCGGACUGCGUCCAUCUCGGUGCAAUUAGUUUAACGAAGAGCUGCACGAAGUCAGCCAUGCCCAGUUUUUUAACCCUAUUUAAAGUGAUGCGGAAUUUCACAGCCCGAGGCCUUGAUGUGUGCAGUGGUAUUGGGGAGAUUAGCAGGAGAAGGGAAACACGCCGUGUUUUGGCGUGUAUGGGUUGGCUUUGGAACGCACUCAUUAUCGAAGCAGCUUAGGCUAGCUUCACUCUCUCUCUGACCAGUGCAUUGCUUUAUCUGACACAUGACCGUUUCUUUCAAUUCCGCAUGAUUGUAUUGAAACCACAAAUCCCUAACCUUUUGGUGUACAUACAACUGAUUCAGAUUUGAACACACAGAUGAUUGUAUUGUAAAUGAAAGCAAAAUUUCUGUUUUUGAUGUAUUGAACAUGCAAAAUGACCAGCAUGUGGGCUAUACAAGAGCAAGAAACCAAUUUCUAUCUUUUUUUUUUUUGGCUGUAUAAAUUUGCACUUGUUCAGGUUUUUAUUUUAUUAUUAUUAUUAUUAUUAUUAUUAUUAUUAUUUCCUCUGUCCUUCCAUGUUCCUUUUUUUCCUUUUUCUUUCUUCCAUGCAACAUUGUGCCUCACUGCUCCUUUCUUGCAAACGCACUGCCACUACUCUCCUGGACACCUGGACAGUCUCGAGCAUUUCCUGUGCUACAGGUUUUGUUUUUUGUAAAUAUAGCUGUUGUCUUUCACUGAUUGGCUAUUUUUUGUAUGCUGUCCCCUCUCGCCCAUUUUUCCUUCAACUUAUUUUGUAAUGUCUGUAGGUUAAUCUCCCAUUUGCAAUUUACUGCCACUUCCUCCUGCUCAACUCAGGCGAUUUUUCUUAUUUUCCAGGGUUUUUUCCCCUUCCAGCUCGUGUCCAUUUCAGUCUUGACCUUCCCUCACUACUACUAGACCACAUCUGUCUGCUCUCUUGUGUUGUGCCAUCUGAUGCAUUUUGCUGCAAAGCCAAGUGUAAAGCUCUUCUUCAGCUACUACUGUAAAAUGAAUAGGGCAGCGACGUCGUUCGUGCUGUGUCUGCUCUCGGCCAGAGCUGGGUGUACGAAGUGUGGUUCAGUUUCUAUUAACCAUCAACCCAUGAUUUAAUGUCACCAAUGUGCUCACAAGGCCAAUCUUUAUUUCUUUUUUUUGGGGGGGGGGGGGUGGGUAAAUGUUUUCUUCCUUAAGUUUGUCAUGUUUUAAAAACUGAAUGGAUUGACAAGCACUUAUUAUGUAUCACUAGUGCAGCUACCCAUUUCCUCCCCCCUUUUUUUUAUAUAUAUUUUUUUUAUAUAUAUACACAAAAAGAUACUUUUGCCCCUGAGGCAGAAGUCAGUUUUAAUGACUUUUACUGAGCAGUGGUUAAGGCAUUACAAGACGGACUGCUUGUCUCACUGCCGGUGUCUGUUUUAAUUUCUUCUUUCUCCAUCUUUCACCUGUACCUCUGGGGUUUUUUGUUUUUUUUAAUCAAAAGCAACUUGUCUGGUUAUCUUGGAUUGCUGAUGGUGUUGUAGCUAAAAAGAGAUUCUUUUUGUAAAGUGUGAAUAAAUUAUGUAUCAUGUUUCCUUUCUUUGACAUGAAUUGUCUUGUAUCAUGAUAUCUAUUAGUUGUUUUUUGUCAUUCCCCCCCAUUUUGCUCAUGUUUGCUUUUUUGUAAUACUUGAAACCAAAUUUUUUGUAAAGAUGUUGGCACACUGAAUUAUAGAUUUAUAUGGUUGCUAACUUUCACUUCAAUACUUUUAAGGAAAAAAAAAAACUCCAGUGAAAUCUAGAGAAAAGUCGCAGAGAAAUAAAGAGCGGUCAUUUGUAACCAAAUGUGAUAUCUUAAAGCUUUGACAUUUCACCCAGUUUGGAAAGCAUAAAUUUGAUUAGUUUCGGGGAAGCAUAGAUGCAGCACUGCCCUUGUUUCCUGUCAUCUUUCCUGUUUUCCUGGUCUUUGAUAGUUUCACAAGCUCUCACUGGAGGGAAGAUGUUAAGGGUUAGAAUGUAGGAGGCAGUGCAGACAUGUCUGGCCUACUGAAUUCUCUCUCACUCACACACACACACACACACACACACACACACACACACACACACACACACUUUUUUUUCUCUCACCUGGUUAUCCUCCUUGUGCUCUGUUCUGUACUUUUUUUCUUCAGCUCAUUAAAAGCCAGUCACUUCUGAUAGUUGCAUUGGCUACCAUCAUAGCUGUUUGGGGAGUCUUUUUUCUGUUCGUGAACAACAAUCUGACUCGGCCUCAUGCCAUCAAGUCACUGUACAAAAUUGCCCGCCUUCUCAGAAAUGUCUGGCUUUACCAUACUUUUGUCUUUUUCUUGCUCUCAUCAGUAGGGUUAGUCAUGCAAUGGUAGGGAUUGUGAUUGAGAUGGAAAGUCAAUAAGUAUUUAGGAAAUGUCACUAUAUGAUGCACUGGACCAACUCUUGUUUACCAUUUAUGGACUACCAGCAAAACACUUGCACAAUGUUUUAAAAAGAAUGUUAAAUAUAUAAAUAUAUAUGAAGAAAUAUAGAUAUGAAAAAUAAUGGCAGCUGUUUUUAUUCUAAUAUUUAGGAAGUGUUUAAAAAAAAAAAAAAAAAAAAAAAAAAAACCCCGAAUGGUAAACAAGGUGUUUUGGGUUUUCAUUUUUUCCCCCUCUUCCCGUUCUCUUGGUUUUGGUUUUUUUUUUUUUUUUCCCUUCUGGGAGUAGUGGUGUUUAUAACAGGGUCAGCUUGUGUUCCCUACACCUCUGUAUUUUUUCCUACCCAUGGUCAAAUAAAUUCAUCUGUUUCAAA